UGACACUGUGAGCAGAGAUGGCGCAGAAAGGAGUUGAACUGGAUCGAGAAACCUUUUCUUGUUCCAUCUGUCUGGAUCUACUGAAGGAUCCAGUGGCUAUUCCCUGUGGACACAGCUACUGCAUGAACUGUAUUAAACAACACUUUGAUGGAGAGCACAAGAAUAAAACCCACAGCUGUCCUGAGUGCAGACAACUCUUCCCAUCGAGGCCUGUCCUGGUGAAAAACACCAUGUUAGCAGUUUUAGUCGAGCAGCUGAAGAAGACUGGACUUCAAACUGCUCCUGCUGAUCACUGCUAUGCUGGACCUGAAGAUGUGGCCUGUGAUGUCUGCACUGGAAGAAAACUGAAAGCCUUCAAGUCCUGUUCUGUCUGCCUGGCAUCUUACUGUGAGAAACACCUUGAACCUCACUAUAAGUCACCUACAUUUAAACAACACAAGCUGGUGGAUCCCUCCAAGAAGCUCCAGGAGAACAUCUGCUCUCGUCAUGAUGAGGUGAUGAAGAUGUUCUGUCGUACUGAUCAGCAGAUUAUCUGUUAUCUCUGCUCUGUGGAUGAACAUAAAGGCCACGACACAGUUUCUACACAACUACCCCUCACUGUCACCACUCAGUCAAUCUACACACUCAUCCAACAUCAAUAUCCGUCCUCUGAGGAACUUUGAUGACGUGAAAGCAGCUGUGACAGAGCUCAGAAAGAAACUAGAGGACAUUCUGAGAGAGACAAGGACAAACAUCUCACUGACAGUGAAAGAAGUGGAUGUUUUACUGUCACAACCAGAGCCAAAGACCAGAGAUGAAUUCUUAAAAUAUU